AUGUGUCCAUGGCGGCAGGCGGGCCAGAUGGAGCAGUCUGAGGUCUCGGCGGGAAAUCGACCUACAGAUCGUUCGUCACGCAAGCACUACAGAGGACCCGCCAUGCCGAGCAUCGUGCUCUUCCGUCGUCGCUGGAUCAUCGCCAACGACGACCUGUACCUGCCGCCACUCUUGGAGGCAAUCUGCAGGCUCGGAUGGUUGGUGGCGUCCGGCAUGCUCCUCUGGGAGCACAGACCCCUGUGGUUGUGCGGCGACUCCGACUGGCUCGCGUUUGCCUACCAGCUCGGGGCGCAGGUCUUCUGCCUGCUGGUCAUCGGCUCGGACCUCGCGCUAUCCGCCAUCGACAGCCGAGGAGCCAUCGUGGCGAGCAGCACACGGAGGGCGCAGAUUCCAAUACUGUACGUCCGGAGCUUCAUGCUGCUCGCCGAGACGGUGUGGCACGCCCUGGGCACGGCCAAGGUCUUCUUCUACAGGGACUCCUGCGUGCCACUGGACCUCUGGCAGCAGUUAGAGACGCUGGUGAUCGUGGCCUGGGGCAUCGUGCUGGUGCUGCUGCUGUUAGUGUACGCGCUGUACGACCCGGCUGGAUCGCUCAAGCACAACCCGUUUCGGGACAUCGGUGACGUCGAGGUCAGCCGCGACGUCAAGACGUUCUUCCUCCAGCCCUCGGACAAAGGGCACCGCCGACGAGCACGCCUCUGGUUCGCCAGGCUGCGCCGUUUCUUCUGCUGCGCGAGCGACACAGAGGACAGCCCGCAAGCCUACGAGCACAUGGCCGAGUACGCCGCGUACUUGUUCGAGGACGUGGACAUCACGCCAUCGGACAUGUUCUCGGCUCUGGUUCUCUUGCGCAAGAAACAGCGCCGCCAACUGGCGCGCAUGGGCUCUACCUCCGAGGAGUCGCGAGAGGGCAUGACGGUGCCCUACUGCCUCACCGACUCCUCUUCCUCCGCGCCAGUGGAUAAGGCUCCGUGCAGCAACGGUGUGCCAAACGGUGCGGCAGCGACACCUACAGCAGCCGCGUGGCCGGUGGCCGGUGUGACAUCUACAGGGCCACAUCCGUGGAUGAACCCGGAGCAGGCAUUGUAUUACCUCAAGUUCGCCUGGGGCAUCUACGGCUGGCCGGCUUACAUGGCCUCGCACGUCUUGACGGGUCUUUGCGACCUGUGGGCCGGGAUCAGGUGUUGCACCUGCUUGCGCGGCGGCAGCGGCAACGUGUCGGGCGACAACUGCUGCGAGUGCCACGCGGCCACGGUCAAGCACUUGACCCAGGUGCGGCCCGAGGACCUACUAUUCUCGUCGUUCUCAAACGGCCUGUACCGGGUACCCUUCUACGUGGCCCUAGACCACCGCACCAACGCCAUCCUGGUGGUGGCCCGAGGGACUCUGUCGGUGGCCGACGCGCUCACCGACUCCGUGACGGCUGCGGCCAAGAUGCCGGACGGCGUGGGCCUGUGCCACCAGGGCGUGCUAAAGAGCGCCCUGCAGAUCCUGGGUCAGCUGGACGAGCCGCUGGCGAAGGCCACGGCCCGCCACCCGAACUACACCCUGGUGCUCACGGGACACAGCCUGGGCGCGGCUGUCGCUUCCGUGCUCGGCAUCCUCCUCAGGCCGAAGUUUCCGAACCUACGCUGCUACGCCUUCUCUCCACCCGGAGGAAUCCUGGACGUGGAAAGGGCCCGCGAGACACGCGACUUCGUGAUGACCAUCGUUGUGGGAGACGACCUAGUGUGCCGGCUGGGGUUCUCGCAGGUGAACAAGUUCAAGCGAGAGGUGGUCAGCUGCCUGCUGCAAUGCGACAUGAACAAGAACGUCCUCAACAGGCACGGUCUUGAGGCGCUAUUCUGUUGCCGCCGCCUGACGCCUCCGCUGAAGGACAAGGAGGCCUUUGAGAAGAUCAACGCCCCGAAUGGAAAGCUCGCCGAGGGCCUGAGGCCACGCGACAAGCAGGGAGUCGAACCGGCGUCCCUCGAUCUCAUCCUGGACAAGGGGGUUCCCGCGAUCGAAUGGCCCGAGAUGCACAUGCCCGGCAAGAUCCUACACUUCAUCAGGGAAGGAAAGCGAGCAGAGUACCAGAUGUUCUGGACGUCUCCGGAGUACUUCGACCACCUCGUGGUCAGUCCGCGCUGCUUCAAGGACCACAUGCCGGACGUCGUCUACGACGCGCUGCGAAGCGUCUGCACCGUCACGGCGCUCUGACCAUGCCGACGCUGUGUUCUCGUACGCCGACUGCGACCAACAGACAACAACAACAACAACAACAAAAAAAAAAACAGACUUUGAAGCGAAACGCGCGGUUCACCGAAGCUCGGAGCCCAUCAAAUUUCGCGAUGUUGAAGCGAGGAGAACGCCUGAUUGUGAGCGCCUGUGUUUGAACGCUCGAGUGCGAACGGCUGUGUGUUUAACGCCCCGCGUUGGCAAACAAGGUGUAAUCUACAUACGGGUCCAGCAGAAGUUGCUCACGAUUAACCAAAGAACUGAAUGUGAGCUUCAUCAUUCCGAGAGGAAUUCCAGUACCUCUCUUCCCUAACCACAACCCAGUGGUUUGUGCCAUCUGUGACCACCAGGGAUCGCUGCAAAAGCCGUAUGCGAUCGUGCACGUGUCGUGUCAUGGCUACGUCGAGUAUGUGUCGAAGUACUCUUGGUAGGCUAUUAACGGAUCUUCCAGAGGACCUGAAGUGUUGCGAAGGGUCUGAAGUGGAAGCUGCUUGAAGGAGCUAGAGCUUUCGCGUGACGACCCGGUGACUCGGACGUCACAGAGAAGUUCGUCGAAUUUUACGCACGGAAGAGUACGCGAGAGUCGCAUUUUCACGAUGUCGUAAUCAUCACGCUGCAUCUGCAUGGCUGAUAUUUAAUCUAUGGGUAACAAGAAAGCAUUCCCCGAAGACUUUUAGUUUUAGAGAGAGAACUCUACUACACCAUGCCUCCCAAGGUCAUUCACCGCGUCGCAAUGACCUUGAGCCGCUGGAGCGCGAGCCACCGGAGCGCAAGCGUGGCAGGCGUGACGUCACGCCACGUGAUCCACUGCGGAGAGGCAUCGCAGUGCCGCGGCACUACGUCACUAGGCGAAGGUAAACCACCAACAGAAGCUGCGUCAAACGUGCCUCAUCGGCUGACUUAUCGUCACUGCGUCUCGUGCGAGUGUGAGUGCAGACACAUAUAUACACAUUUUGACUGGUUAAUUUGUUCGUGUGUGGAUAGUCGCGUAGUUCGUGGUGGACAUACUGAAAAACAAUUGCGGAGCUCUGUAUUGCUCCGUAUUUCGUUUUGUGUGAAUAACCGCGAAAUUCGUGAAGCAAUGGCCAGCAUUGUGCGCUUAGAGGACAACUGCGCUGACUUCCAUCCAACCGAGUUGUCACUUUGCGCAACUCCAUAUUCUUUACCAUUUUUUUUCUGUUUCUUAGCGUAAAGCCAACGUUCCGACGAAUUUCUCAGUUGUUGGCCUGGCAAAAUACUAGACGCCUCGUCCGAACGCUUGCUUUACGCUAAGGACUUCCUUGUGCAGCCACUGUUGAGCCCAUCAGCCUUGUGUUACAGCUCCAUUCACCCGCCCCAUAAACUAGAAAAGCAGCGAAGUGCUCUUGUAA